AUCACAUCCAUGUGGAGAUAUUGCUUUUUCUGUAAAGCUAGUUUUUCUUUGUGUAUAUAUUGUAUCACUCCCCCUCUCCCACCCAGACACUCAACUCUGCUCUUAGUUGAUGAAACAAGAUGCCUAGGCCAGGCCGAAGGCCGUAUGAGUGUGUGAGAAGAGCUUGGCACAGUGAUUGGCAUAAACCCAUGAGAGGUUCGAUAAUUCAACAGAUUUUCAGGUUCGUCCAUGAGAGGCACAGUACUACAACUAAAAAAAACAAAGAAUGGCAAGAGAAGCUCCCUGUUGUUGUGUUGAAAGCUGAGGAAAUCAUGUACUCCAAAGCCGAUUCAGAGGCUGACUACACGGAUCUUAACACAGUAUGGGACCGGGCUAAUGAAGCCAUUAACAUAAUCAUUAGGAGAGAUGAGAGUACAGAAACCGGAGAACUUUUGCCGCCGUGUGUUGAAGCUGCCCUCACUCUGGGUUGUGUUCCGAUUAGAGAAUCCAGAAGCCAACGACACAGUAAUCCGAGAAGUUAUCUUAGCCCAAUAACCCAAGCACCUGGUUCUGUACCUCGUAGAACAUUGGAUAAUACGACGAAUGAGCGAAACCCUACUAUUGGCAAUCAAUUAAUCCGUUCAAAACCCACAAUUGUGAACUCAGCUCAUUUAAUAUCAGAUUCUAAUAGACAUACAAUGCCAAAAAACAACAAUCCCACUUCUUCCCACAUUUUUCCUUCAUCAGCUGAGGUUUCUCCUCCCCCUCGCUAUAAUCAGUUCAUCCCACUUGAAAAGAAAAACUCAUUGAAUGUGGGUUCAGUUUACCCUUCGUAUUAUGGUAGUCACUUUCAACCUGAAGCCUCCCAGAUGGGCUCCCACACUGCUGGAAAUUUAAACUCUAUAAUUGUUGGCACACCAAUUUUUCCAUCAACUGCAAAGCCUGGGGACAUGGGUUGCUUGCAGAACCUUCUCUCUUAUGAUAGGGAUGCAUGUGCUACAAACAUAAUAACUCAAGCAUAUAUCAAGGACAACUAUGUGAAGCAGCCUGAGAUGGGGUGUGAUUUAUCCUUGAGGUUGGGAACAUCCUUAGACUCGUGCAUGAGCAGGGAAAAAGGUUUGGCUUGUGAAAUUGAUGUUGUGCGUCCAAGCAGUUAUCUAGAAGAGGUCAAGUUAAGUGAUCUAUCUCCCCCUCGGAACAAGUAAUUCUCAUUGUUUCCCUUGAAAACUACUAAUGAUCCCUUUGAGUUCUGUAGAAGUUAGUGGAAUUUUGAGGGUGAAGGUUAGAGUGUGGAGGCAUCUGUUGGGAAAUGUUAAGGUAUCCCUUGAAGACAAUAUGGAUGAUGGUCAAUUUUCUGGUCGAAUGAGAAGGCCAGAUUUGUAGACAACUGCCUUCUUGUUGUACUAUAUAAUUUUUGAUGAAAAAAGGAAAAACUGAGAUGCCUCACUAAUUUUUUG